AUGGCGAAAGCACUUGCAAGGGAAAUGCGCUUGCCUCCUCUACCAACUGUGAGGGAUCUUUUGCGGCUUUAUAAGAUAAGAGCAGCGAAAAAGUUAUCACAGAAUUUCCUCUUGGAUCCGCGCAUCAUUGAACGAAUUGUAAAAGUGUCUGGUAAUUUGAAUGGUGCUCAUGUGUGUGAAGUUGGACCAGGUCCAGGUGGCAUUACAAGAGCCCUCCUAAGUGCUGGAGUUGAGAAAAUCUUGGUCAUUGAGAAGGAUGCAAGGUUCCUCCCUACUUUGGAAAUGUUGCGAGAAGCUGCAGGUGGUCGUAUCCAUAUCAUCAUGGGAGAUGUAUUAUCGUACAAUAUGGAAAAUGCCUUCCCUAAAGACAUGAAAAAAGCCUGGGAAGAAGAAACCCCAGCCAUACAUCUCAUAGGCAAUUUACCAUUCAGUGUCUCCACACCACUCAUCAUCAGAUGGAUGAAGUCUGUGUCAGCUCAAAAUAGUGCCUGGACUUAUGGAAGAGUCCCAAUGACGUUAACUUUUCAGAAAGAAGUUGCUGAAAGAAUUUGUGCCCCUGUUUCUUCUCCCCAGCGCUGUAGGCUGUCUGUGAUGUGUCAGUACUUAUGUGAUGUCAAGCAUAAGUUCAACAUACAGGGUGGUUCCUUCAUCCCUGCUCCUAAAGUUGAUGUUGGAGUGGUGCAUUUAACACCACGAAAGAGUCCUAUCAUCAGUCUGCCUUUUUCUCUCAUUGAAAAAGUUGUCAGAUGCACAUUUCAUAUGAGACAAAAGGAAUGCCAUCAUAGUUUUGCCACACUUAUACCUCCUGCACUCCAUCAGACUCUGAUCCCAAAAAUCUUUGCCAUUGCUGAAGUAGAUCCAACAACUCGACCCUUUCAGCUGACAUUGGAAGAAUUUGAUCGUCUGUGUCAUGCUUACAACCUCCUGGUUGAGAAAGUGCCUGAAAUUGGAACAUAUGAAUAUAGAGCACCUAGAAAGGAAAGAAUCAGUGGAGAAGACCUGAAGCCACAGUUAGAGAAAUUGUUUUUCCUUUAA